UAGCUGCACGCACACAGCGCAAUUCGCAAUGCUACAGUGGACUACAAUGUGAAAUUUCGCAGAAAUACGUCCCUCGCAUCGCUUUAUUUAUUGGCAAUUUUCGAGCCGUUCAGUUUGGAAUUAGAUCUUACAUCAAGGCAGAGGAAUCGGAAACACAUUCAUCAUGGACGGUAUGUCCAGUAUUGGUAAAGGUCGACAAUCACCUGACCAGUGCUCCCCGGCAUCCGGAUACUAUUCUAUGGGCUCUAUAUCGUCUAUCCAGUCACCCACCAGCACCAUGGGUUCCCCUCCCCCGAUGUCCAACUCUCGCAGCAUGGGUUCCCCACCCCUCAUCACUUCCCCACCCCCGCUGCAUGCAGGGAGUGGGGGGAUGUUGCACUCGCCGGCCAUGCAGUCUCCGACCCUCAGCAGCAUGGGUGGGUCGGGUGUGUCCUCCGUCUCCUCCCAGCAGGAAGACAUCAAGCCCUUGAUUGGCCCCUCAGGGAUCCCCACCCACCCGGUUCCUGGGUCCAUGAUGUCCCAUAUCUCCCUGUCGCCAUCCUCCAUGCUUAGCCAGGGGGCGCACUCGCCGCUGGGCAUGCCCGGCUCGUCACUGAACAAAGGCAUCUGUGCUGUCUGCGGAGACAGAGCUUCUGGUAAGCACUAUGGUGUCUACAGCUGUGAGGGGUGCAAAGGGUUCUUUAAGAGGACAGUGCGCAAGGAGCUGACUUACUCAUGUCGAGACGACCGGAACUGCAUCGUUGACAAACGCCAGAGAAACCGUUGCCAGUACUGUCGCUACCAGAAAUGCAUCGCCAUGGGCAUGCGAAGAGAAGCUGUGUGUCUUGCAGCUGUUCAGGAGGAGCGACAACGGAAGGACAAGUGUCAGGGAGAAGGGGAGGUUGAGAGCACCAGCUCCGUCAACAACGACAUGCCAGUGGAGAAAGUGCUAGAGGCAGAGCUGGCCGUAGAGCCCAACACAGACACGUAUGUCGACACGCCGCACGACCCUGUUACCAACAUUUGCCAGGCAGCGGACAAGCAGCUCUUCACGUUGGUGGAGUGGGCCAAGCGAAUUCCCCAUUUCACGGAACUACCUCUUGACGAUCAAGUCACCCUCCUCAGAGCCGGCUGGAAUGAGUUACUGAUUGCUGCGUUCUCGCACCGCUCCAUCGCUGUCAAAGACGGCAUCCUCUUGGCCACUGGUCUGCACGUGCAUCGGAACUCCGCCCACCAUGCGGGGGUGGGCACCAUCUUUGACCGGGUGCUGACGGAGCUGGUGGCCAAGAUGCGGGAGAUGAAGAUGGACAAGACAGAGCUGGGCUGCCUCAGGGCCAUCGUCCUCUUCAAUCCUGACGCCAAGAACCUGAACUCGGUGCAGAAGGUGGAGGAGCUUAGGGAGAAGGUGUAUGCCUCGCUGGAGGAAUACUGCCGGAUGCAGUACCCGGACGAGCCCGGCCGUUUUGCCAAGCUGCUGCUGCGUCUCCCCGCCCUGCGCUCCAUCGGCCUGAAAUGCCUGGAGCACCUCUUCUUCUUCAAGCUGAUCGGUGACACGCCCAUCGACACCUUCCUCAUGGAGAUGUUGGAGGCACCCAGCAACAGCUGAGCGAGUCAUCUCUGUGUCCAAAAAUCUGUGGUGGUUUGUUUGUCUGUUUUAUUUUGUUUGUUGAUUCAGUGUCGGGGGAAAAAAAACCAAAAAAAAAAAAAAAUCAGUCAAGAGGAAAAAAAAAGGCAAUUUGUGGUAUAUACAGAUGCAAUAUAGACUACAACCUGCCAAGGAGAAAGAUUUGCCAGCCACAUUUUGUGAUUGUUUUUGAAGCCCAUUUGGGCCCUCGGUGAUCCAUAUAUUAUCACUCUCAAGGUGAGCAAAGAGAAUCGCUGAAGACAUUUCACAGUUUGGCCACUGGAACCGGGACAGUGUUUGGAUAGACAAACAUUCAACAUCCUUUUUUGUAAAAUUUAGAUAAAUAGGCACGAAGAUAAGGUACCAUUAAUGAACAUGUCCAAAUGUUUGCGGAAAGAGUAUACUCUGCAUAAUACUAAACAGGCUUUGUCGGAAUUGAAAGGAAAAGAACUGGAUUCUGUUGUAUGUGAAUAUCAGUGAAUUUUUUUUUUCAUGGGUCGAUGGAGUUGCUUUAUGGUGGCACCGUGUAGUCUUUGCAGUCUGUCCUAUAGAAUCUUCCCUGCAAAAUUUUGGUCAUUCAAAAGUGACUUACAAAUUGUCAGUGUCCCAUUUACAUGUUGAAUUUAAUAAUACGAACUACCUAAUGUCAUCCA